ACAUUAGGCAAUUCAAUCUUUUACUGUGCUUGUGUGACAUAAGGAGUAGGAAGUAAGCUGGUCAAAAGGCAGGACGAGCCAUUUUGGAAAACAAGAGGGGUGAGCGGAGCUAUUCUGACGGCUGCGGAUUUGUUUCGUGCAAAUUGUGCAGGGGAUCGGGAGAUUUCCGCGGGUCCCGCUGAGCCCCGAGCGACAGAGUCACUCAGCGAAAGGGCAGCUGCCAAAACCUGGAGAUCAGGCACCUCGACUUCCCCUCUCCUCCCCUUCACCUUUCCUCAUUUUAAAUUGAGCGCCGUCUUCUUGACUUUUUUGUGAGGGUGGUGGGGGGUGUGUGUGUUGGUUUGGUGUUGUGUGGAAGGGGGAAAUGGUAAAGGAUCAUUUGGAUCAAUUACAAGCUUUUAGUUGUCUUGUCUGUCAUAAUUCAUGAUUCUGCCCUGGGAAAAAGACCAGCAGUUCUCACGUGCCAAGAAAAAGAGGGGAGGACAGAGAAAAUAGAAAAAAGGAAAGGGCAAGAGUUUGGAUGGGAGUUGGAGCAACUUUUUUUCUGUGCAAAUUUGCCCACACCUAGAGAGAGAGAGAGGAGAGACACAUUUCUUCGCAGGUUGUGGGGACAGCCUGUCGUCAUGUUUGACUGUAUGGAUGUGCUCGCAGUCAGCCCUGGGCAAAUGCUGGAUUUCUACACUCCGAGCCCGUCCUCUUGCAUGCUGCAAGAGAAAGCUCUGACUGCAUGCUUCAAUGGACUGACACACAGGGACUGGCAACAGAGGCACAGCACUCAAUCAAUUGAAACACAGAGUACCAGUUCUGAAGAGAUAGUUCCAAGCCCACCGUCUCCAAUUCCACCCCCGCGGGUAUACAAACCUUGUUUUGUGUGUCAGGACAAGUCAUCGGGCUAUCACUAUGGAGUCAGUGCCUGUGAAGGCUGCAAGGGUUUCUUUCGCAGAAGCAUCCAGAAAAAUAUGGUUUAUACGUGUCACAGAGAAAAGAACUGUGUCAUCAACAAGGUCACCAGGAAUCGUUGCCAGUACUGCCGGUUGCAGAAGUGCUUUGAAGUGGGCAUGUCUAAAGAGUCCGUAAGAAAUGACAGAAACAAAAAGAAAAAGGAGACGCCAAAGCAAGAAUGUUCAGAAAGUUACACGAUGACAGCAGAGUUGGAGGAUCUUAUUGAGAAGAUUCGCAAAGCUCACCAGGAGACCUUCCCUUCUCUUUGCCAGCUGGGGAAAUACACUACAAAUUCCAGUGCUGACCACCGGGUACGGCUUGACCUGGGUUUGUGGGACAAAUUCAGUGAACUUGCCACAAAGUGCAUUAUCAAAAUAGUGGAGUUUGCUAAACGACUGCCCGGCUUCACAAGCUUGACCAUUGCAGAUCAGAUCACUCUGCUCAAAGCUGCCUGCCUGGAUAUCUUGAUUCUCCGAAUCUGCACCCGAUAUACACCUGAGCAAGACACGAUGACCUUCUCGGACGGCCUUACCUUGAACAGGAUUCAGAUGCACAAUGCAGGGUUUGGCCCCCUCACUGACCUUGUCUUUACCUUUGCCAACCAGCUCCUGCCACUUGAAAUGGAUGACACCGAGACUGGCCUUCUUAGUGCCAUCUGCCUGAUCUGUGGGGACCGCCAAGAACUAGAAGAUGCAGGGAAAGUGGACAAAUUACAAGAACCACUUUUGGAAGCUUUAAAGAUUUACAUCCGGAAAAGAAGACCCAAUAAACCCCAUAUGUUCCCAAAGAUAUUAAUGAAAAUUACAGACUUGCGCAGCAUUAGUGCAAAAGGUGCAGAACGUGUCAUCACGCUCAAGUUGGAGAUCCCUGGUUCGAUGCCCCCCCUUAUUCAAGAAAUGCUGGAAAACUCGGAAGGCCACGACCCCCUUGCACCCACGGCAAACACAAGCACAGAAACUAAUGGGAGCAGCGGUCUAGCACUAGAUGCAACUUCCAGCCCCAGUGUGUCUCCCAGCUCUGCAGCCCAUGGACCAAACAGCCAGGUACCCAACACACAGUAAAUGGUGCUGCAAUGUCCACAACCAUUCCCAACUGUGAUAGCUUCUUCUUUCCUCUGUUCUGAGACAUCAGGCUCUGAAGGGCCAGGUUGAUAAGUGUAUCCAACAUUAACACCACAAGAGCUCAGGACCCCAGAGGACCUCUGAACAUGAGAAGAGUGAAUCCCAAACUGUGCUGGCCAGGUUUCAGAUCUGCUGGAUUGUAUGCAGUCAGUUCAAAGUCUGCUGCCUGAUAAAACCAAUCUGUGUCCACUAUUGCAUGCUGGGAAGAAGCUGUGGAAAAUUAUGUCGAACUCUGAUUAUUACUUUAUUUUGCAAAGUUACUCCUCAAUGUAUCCUAAAUUUCUAUGCUGGAGUUUCUGGUGCUUUCUCAUUGCCUUGCAUAUCAUGUCUAAACACGUACACCAAGUUACAGAACAAAGCCUAAAUACAUAAAUCAGGUGAGCUAUGCUUACAAAGUUCUUUGGUUUAGACAACAUGGGUCAUCCAUUAUUAUUCUCAAAGUUACUGUUGCAUUCUCUUGUAUUUCUUAAAUUGAAAAAAAAACCUGAAGAUUAGGAUUUUAUCCUCAGUGCACCAGCAUUCAAUUUUGUCAAAUAAACAAGGACAUAUUUCCACCUCUUUUUUUGCAAUGAAAAACCACGUUUGAGAUUUAAUUUUUUUUUAAAAAUGCUAGCACUUUGUGCUGGUAGUAAUUGUUUCCCACUGGCACGGUUAGCCUACCCACUACCAUGUUGUUUGUAUGAAUGUUUACAGUUCACAAGCACUUAAGUAACAGAUUUUUUUUUAACAAAAAGAAAGAAAAGCAACUCUUUGCAUACAUUUAGUAAGAACAUAUUAUUUUUUGUGGUAGGGUUCACCCAUUGCCUACUGGUUUUGUGCUAGCGUAAAGAGCUAGUAAAAAGUUUUUUAGUUAUUUCAGCUGAGCAGGUUCAUUUCAUGUUCAGCAACAUAUCAAGAGAUAAAGUAAAGCACUGCAUGUUGUUUGCAGUAAAGAUAGCCUCCAAGGCACAACACUUUUCAGUGUUAUUUUGUUAUUUUAUUUGCUUGUACAUGAGCCAGUAAGUAAAUUUCAUCUGGUGGCUGACACACAUUAUAUCUCUCUGCAGAAGCGUGGUCUAUUGUAGAUUUGUUCUUGAGUACAGUAAUUUGAGUUUAUUGAAUCAUUCUUGUAGUGUCUGAAGCACUAGUGGGAUGUUGUUUUCUAGCAUUAGGACUGCUCUGUAUUUCUACUGGCUCGGUUUGUACAUUGAGAUUGUUUAACAAUGCUUUCUAUGUUCAUAUACUGUUACCUUUUCCAUCAAGUUUCCUGGCAAAAGAAUAAAGUAUAUUUAUUUUAAA